AUGGCUAAAGCCUAUGAUUAUUUAUUUAAAUUACUUUUAAUUGGCGAUAGUGGUGUUGGAAAGACAUGUGUGCUUUUGCGUUUCUGUGAUUCAGCAUUUAGCACAACAUUUAUUUCGACUAUUGGAAUUGAUUUUAAAAUUCGUACAAUAGAACUUGAUGGACGAAAAAUUAAAUUACAGAUUUGGGAUACUGCUGGUCAAGAACGUUUUAAAACUAUUACAACAGCUUAUUAUCGAGGAGCUAUGGUAUGA